AAGAAUCACAGCCACCUCUUCUUUGAUGACCACGCCUGGGAAAUGUACAUGAACUCUCUGAAACCAUUGGGUCUUAGCAUUUUGCUUAACACGUGCAACUUGGAGACCAUCGAGCAGUAUACGGAGUUCGCCGAUCACGUAUCUUGCAUGUCUCACAAGCACAAGGAAGCCAUACCUGUAGUCAACAGAAGAUGUUUUUGUGAACUUACAAGGCAAAUUGGUUUUGGACAAAACGCCAAAGAAAUAUUUCAAACUCAAAACGUUUACGGGAUUUAUCAACACGUUGACAGCAGAUGCAGCAGUGAGGACAAGUCGCACACGGAGAAGUACAAGAUGCCCAUGCCAAGCAUGUUUUGCGUGGCUGUCAAGGACUUGUCCACGAAUACGACUCAGCUGUUCUCUCAAGGCAUGGCUGACAUACUUUUGAAUCUAUGUACUGAUUAUUGGGAUGGUCAAAAUGUUCAACCGCUGGCAGAAGCUGAAAGGAAGAAGAUAGCCGAUUUUUAUCAUAGAACGAGCAUGACGUCAUACUGCACAGCCUUCUCCUAUCGCCCAUUGGAAGACGUUUCUCUAUCAAUUGCAAAUGAUUUCUACUACGAGAUUCCAGAAGCACAUUUUCUAUCCAGGAAUCACGAUGGAUUAUUGCUGAGACCUAACUACCAUGAAUUCUCAGGACCCAGCUAUGUCGAUAGUGAUCUGAAAUGUUAUUCAAAGCAGCCUUUCAAGAUGCUUAACAAUCAAAUAUUCAUUGGAAUGGUAACAAUGCAGUAUCAAGCUAAGCAGGAGGUAGUGAACCUUAUAGAGAACCUGGAGUCAUCCUGUAUUCGAUUCGUUCACUUCUCAAAAGAAAAUGAAUUAAGAAGUCGGGUUUUUUCAGAAAAAAUGGGCCUGGAGGCUGGCUGGAACUGCCACAUUUCUCUCCUAACUGACUCAGAAGAAAAACAAUUAAAUGAGACUUCGUCGACACUAGAAUGGCAGAAGAGAGUUACGAAACCAUUCAAUCACUCCAAAUCUGGCAGCGCUCCUCAUAUAAAUAUGUAUUGCUCUCAAUACCAUGCCGACAAUUUAAACGACAAGUUAACAGAUUCGCCGGCAGCCGCGGAGGAAUAUGACGCAACGAAAAGUCUGCAAAAAAACAGAUCCUCUGCAAAACUUCCGAAGGGGAUUGAAAAUAUACGACCUCAUAUUAACAACAUUGACAAUGUUCCUCUUCAGGUAUCUUUGUUCACAGACUGUUCAACUUCAACUACUUGUGAAAUGUUGAAAAUUUUACAAGAGUAUGGCGAAGUGACAUGUUGCCUGGGGAGUUCACUGAACAUUGAGAACUUCUCGAUAUUUUUGCAGGCUGACUGCAGCAUUUCCAUCCACCCAAUUUAUCCAUAUCUAUGUCUUCAAAAGAAUGAAAAGAACAAUCAUCUGCUGAAUGAUUUCACUUCUCCCUUUGGUCUAAGUUCCUACAUGAUCAGCCUGCCAUGCUCCUUGUUGUUCAACAACUGCAGCUUGUCUCGCAUGCCUAAGCUUAUUGCUGAGGCUCAGAAACAUUGUCAAAGAGUUUCUUCUGCGGCCCACUUAUACUUGUCAUUGCAGAUGAGUUUGGUCCUGUUGCAAUUAAUGACGACCUUGUUUUUUCUGCCACCUUGUUUGACUGCACAUCAAGUUACUUGGUUGUCUCUGUUUGUUGUGCCACUAAUAAGCUUUUCAAUGAUGAACAAUCCAUCUUAUUCUCAAAUACCCAACAAUCUACAAGGGAAAAAUAGAAAACAGCUUUUAAACCAGACAUUUUUCGUGGGCGCAUUCAGCUUUCUCGUUCGAUUUGUUCCAACCAUAGCAGUUUGUUUGUUGUGUUUUGCUCUCAAUCUUAGAAGUUUUUGCGUAAAUGGAGCUGGAAAUUCAACUGUCGUUUGUCACAUUAAUUUUGGCUGCGGGCACGUGGAAUGGAUGGACGACAAAACACCUGCACUCUUACCAACAUUUAAAAUAUUUUUAAUUUAUUUCUCAUUUGAAGUGGUCAUUUCUUAUUGCAACAUACAUCACUUGAAAUAUUUCUGGAGAAUACGCCCAAAAGAAAAUGUUCUCUGGUGCUUCAUAUGCCCCGUCAUAUUGGUCGUACAAGCAUCCUGGUUCACAUUCCUUGUAGUCGGCUCCGAUUAUGAGGAGCGGUCUUCACUCAGCUACGUUUCAGCUCUCGUUUGGCCUGUUUCACUGCUUUGGGUUAUCGGUAUUAUAACGAUUCACGAGCUGGUGAAAAGAAAAGAAAUGAAGAUUUGGAUCAGACACCAGAAGAGGGCGAAGUUAGACUUUGGAACUAAAUUGGGAAUGAACUCUCCAUUCUAA